AUGUUUGCUUUAGCUGACCGUGAUCUGAAGAAGCAGGAGGAAUAUGUGGAGCUUAAGGACGUGUUUGCAGUGAAGGUAAAGCGGCGGCGGUCCGCGGGACAGCAGUCUGGUGGGACCCUUCUGGGCAUCACACUGUUCCAAUGCAAGAAGAAAGGUCUCAAACUGAAGGAUCAUGCCAUCCAUCUCAACAACUUGAGCGUGGACCACUGUGAGAUCUGGUUCAAAACCCUCAAAGAGCUCCUCAACGGUUUCAAGAAUCGUCCCAAGUCUCUCAAAGUCUUCGUGAACCCCAUCAGCCAUAAGAAAGAGGCACACCAAAUCUACCUAGAUGAAGUUGCUCCGCUCUUCAAACUCGCUGAUAUACAAGUGGAUGUCACCAUCACUGAAAGGAAGGGCCAUGCUCUGUCCAUUCUGAAAGACUGCAGCUUGGAAGACUAUGAUGGUGUGGUGUGUGUUGGGGGAGACGGCUCUGUUUCUGAGGUGGCCCACGGGUUGCUUCUCCGGGCCCAGAUGGACGCUGGGAGGGACACAGACUCCAUCUUCACGCCUGUCCAAGCAGCACUUCCUCUCGGCGUAAUACCAGCAGGUUCUACAGAUGUAGUGGCAUGUUCACUUCAUGGAAUACGACGUGCUGUGACUGCGGCCUUGCACAUCAUCAUGGAGUGCACAGGCUGUUGUUAUGGGGGCCGAGAGAGAAGACAAACCCCCCACGCGGGCUCUGCCUCUCCAGCUUUGGAGAUCAUGGUUAACAGGUCCCAUGGAACGAGAGACGGUCCCGGGAGAGGUGGAGAUGCGUCUGUCGUCGAUCACCCGUACGGUCACCGCCGCAAACGCAGAGCUUUUUCUUGA